UGCAAAUCCAUCUCUCUCUCUCUCUCUCUCUCUCUGGAAAUCCAUCUCUCUCUUCGUUUCGUCCCAGAGAAAGAAAAUAAAUAAGGCCCGUAUUUUCCCUUCUCUCUCUCUAUAUAGUCAUGGAACUUCGACCCUGCAUCUUUCUUCUACUUCUAUUCUUGGUCAUGGUUGUUAGGACAAAAUCCAUGGCUACUCCAGAAAGCCCUAAUUCUUCUCCUAUGAAAGUAAUGGCGGAUCUGAAGGAAGCCAUUGUUAGGGGAUUAGGGUUUCAACCGGAUGAAUUCAAGGUAUCAAGCAUCGAUUUCAAGGAUGCCAUGGUAGGACAAACGGUUGUCUAUGAAUUCAUGGUGGAGAUUGAUAACAAGGUUAUUCCUUUGAAGUUCUUAGAGGACACAAGGAACUGGGAAUCAGUGGACCUGCCAUUUUUGCGGUCUUAUUCUCGUGAAGAAAGUGAGAACAGCUUGGCGACAAGCCGCAGUGGAGGAUUGGGCCCUGCUAGUUUGGCUCCUUUUCAGCUCGCAGGACCCAUGGAGCUUUGGAUUCAAGACGGCAAGGACAUGCGCCUUUCAUUGCCCCACGAUGUGGAAGCUGGGGUUUUGAAGAAAGUAAAUUUAGCCGAUGGGGCAGUCGUCACAGUGCAAGGAGCAAGAGCAGUUAGCCUAAGGCAGCCUCUCCAGUUCCCUUUACCCCUGAGUCGAUCCACCACCCAUAAAGGCCAGGCAUCCGCCCUUCUCUCCCUAGCCAACCUCCUCAAAGAAGCCUCUCAAACCAAAGACCAACCCCUCGUCUCCUUGAGAAUUGUUGGCCCAACCUCCCUUACAUCGCCCUCAAGCCUCCAUCCCCACACCCAAUCCAAGCUCAGAGUUAAAAAAUUGGCACCAGGGGCCAUUGAAUUGAUUUCUCGACCCCAAGAAUCAAAUUACCCACUUGUAGAAAGUGGGGCCUCUCUCGGAUCCUUGUCUUCACAAGACAAGAUUUCAAGUUAUAAGGAAAUGUGGCCUUUGACAUCAGUUAAUGGGUCGGACCCAAAACUCAAAGGGUUCGAGCAUCUGCUCUUUGGGGUGCUUGGAGAGAAGGCAAGGGAGGAAGGGUCAUUCAAGUUGCUGGAGGCCAAGGCUUCAGCUGAGACCUUUGUUAAGGUAGGGUUGAAGAUGGAGAAGGCUUUGGGAGAGGGGGAGGAGAUUGGGUUCUUACCAGAGUGGAGGACCAAGCCUUCUUCACUGAAGCUUGAAUUUGAAGUGUUGGCUAGGUUAGAAGGAGAGAGCAUUGUUCCCGAAAGGGUUACGCCUGUGCAGCCAGUUCUGCUCGAGGAUACUGUUGCUUCAUGGGUUAGAAUUGGGAAUGUCAGCAUGUCAAAGCUGCCUAUAAUCCACCCACCAUCCAGCCCCUUCACUUUGUGAGGUUUUAAUGGGUUUUGCAGGAAGAGAGUAUCUAGCCCUUUCACUUUGUCGGAUUUUAAUGGGUUCUGCAGGAAGAGAGUGGGAAAGAAAAGGAGUCUUUUUGUAUCAGAAGGGAAAUUGUACAGAUGGAGUAACGAUGUAUGAUAAAUGGAAUAACAAGGUAAGAAUGAAUCUUUGUAUUGCUUAUUUUGUAUACAAAAAUGAAAUAUAGAAAAUGCUGCAUUAAGCCUAUGUCUCA